AUGUUCUAUCAAACAAAUAAUGAUUAUGAGUUAGAAUUGAAGGAAACAUUCAAAACAAAAGAAUCUUUUUUUGAAAAUAUCGAAAAAUUUCAAAGAAUAUUUACACAACAUACUAUUAAUGAACGUAAUGAAGAGCAAGAAAUUAAUGAAGAAUUAAUAACUCUUCUAGAUCAGCAGGAAAAGGAGGCCUUUUUUUUAAAACUUCGUAUAUUAGUUUGUUGUAAAACUAAAAAAUGUUUAACUAAAAUUAAUCAGGAAUUCGCGUUUCAAAUUUUUGAUAACAUUCAAAAAUUAUCUAAAACUGAGUAUAACAUGUUUAUUUUAGGAAUGCUUCAUGUAAUGGCCCGUUCAAAAGAUACUUUGUUUGGUAAAGAAAAACAAUAUUUAACAGUUAAAUAUACUUUAAAUGAUAGCGGAAUUUGUGAAAAAGCUUUUCAAACUAUAUACUCAUUGUCAGAUAAAAAGUGGAAAAGCAUUCGUAAUCAUUAUCAAAUUAAUGGUAUUAAACCAAUUGUACAUGCACUUUCAGGAAGAAGAUCUCACAAUGCUUUGUCAUUCGCAACCAUUUUAAAUAUUCUUACAUUUAUCAUCAAUUAUGCUAAUUGUCAUGGGUUACCAUCACCAGGUCGCCACUUUCGCAAAGAUACUAUAGCUAUUACAUAUCUUUCUGCAAGUGAAAGUUAUGUUGGAUUAUAUCGUAUUUAUCAAUCAAGUUUAGAUGAAAUCUCUGAAUUUAAUAUUAGUCGAUGGUCUUUUAUACGAAUUUGGAAAAAAUAUAUACCAGAAAUUCGAUUUUUAUCCCCUCGCAAUAACCUCUGUAUGCUUUGCAAAAAUAUGCGAUUUAAUGCUAAAUUCUGGAUAGAAAGUGAAUGA